AACAAAUAAAUACACUGAUAGAUUGACUGACUUUUCCAAGUCUUUUUGGCUUGGAGUGUUUCACACAGCAAAAGACUCCAAAUUUUGCAUGGCUUCUUCUACUAUUUCUAUCUGCUUUUUCUAGUUCCGACUCACUUCAAACUCACUGGCAUUAAUUAGUUAAAUGGCUAGUUAUGACAAAGAUGAGGUGCCAAUGCUGUCAGAUGUACAUCAGCGAUCAGUAGAUGAAAAUGAUUAUUCCGGGUUUCACCCUACAUUUUCAAGGGCUCGGAGUGCUUCAAUUUCUAUUCCUAUGAGUUCCAUGAAGUCCUAUGCAAAUGAAGCCAGCCUUGUAGGCUAUACUGGUCCACUGCGUAGUGAAAGAAGACCUGAAAUGAUACGGAUGACUGGUCCAAUCUACACCAAUCGUAAAGCUGAUAACAUUAUCCGACCAAAACGUAGUGUAACAGGUAGCAAAAUAGCAGACGUUGAGGUGGAUCAGCAUGACUGGACAAUGGACAAGUAUCCUUCUAUAAAUGAGCAUUUAUUGAGAUCUGGACAACUGGGAGUCUGCAAUGAUCCUUUUUGCACAACAUGCCCAAUAUAUGACAAUUUCAAACCAGCACAGCAGAAACAUUCAACAGCUUCAGCUAUAUUGGACUAUAAGCUCCACAAUGCUCUUUAUGGGGAUGCCAAAAGUUGGGCAGGGGGAUUUGUGUCCUCUCUAAGCUCAUAUAUUCCUGGAGUUAUGAAUCCUCAUUCAAAAGACAUUCAACGAUGGAACAAAUUUUUUGUCAUUUCUUGUUUGGUGGCAAUUUUCGUGGACCCAUUGUUUUUCUUCUUGCUGUCUGUGCAACAGGAUAAGAAGUGUAUAGUUAUUGAUUGGGCCCUAACUAAAGCCGUUGUUGUUUUGAGAAGCAUGACCGACUUCAUAUACUUCUUAAACAUAAUUCUCCAGUUCAAGUUGGCUUAUAUAGCUCCGGAGUCUUUGGUAGUUGGUGCUGGAGAGUUAGUUGACCAUCCAAAGAAAAUUGCUAUGAACUAUAUCCGUGGAUAUUUUUCUGUUGACUUAUUUAUCUUGUUACCGCUUCCUCAAAUUAUUAUAUUAUUGGUCCUACCGAAUAACUUGGGAUCAUCCGGGGCAAAUUAUGCUAAAAACCUUCUACGGGCUGCAGUCCUUGUUCAGUACAUUCCAAGGUUAUAUAGGUUUCUACCUCUUGUUGUUGGCGUGUCUCCUAAUGGCUUCAUUUUUGAGACAGCGUGGGCAAACUUUUUCAUAAAUCUUCUCACCUUUGUUUUGGCUGGCCAUGUUGUUGGAUCAUUCUGGUACCUCUUUGGGUUGCAGAGGGUUAAUCAAUGUCUUCGUAACGCCUGCCAUAAUUCUAAUAUUCGGCCAGUAUGUACAAGUUACAUAGAUUGCGGUCGUGGGAACAAUGUUGAAAAUUUUGUUUCAGAUCCAACAUGGAAAAGCUGGAAAAGUAAUGAAAAUGCUAGUGCUUGUUUCACUAUGGACGGGUUUCGAUAUGGAAUCUAUAUCCAAGCUGUUAAUCUCACUGCAGAGCACAGUGUAAUCACUAGAUAUGUAUAUUCGUUAUUUUGGGGAUUCCAGCAAAUCAGCACUCUUGCUGGGAAUCAGACGCCUAGUUAUUUUGUCUGGGAAGUCCUCUUUACGAUGGCUAUUGUGGGACUUGGCCUUUUACUCUUUGCUUUUCUCAUAGGAAACAUCCAGAACUUCCUUCUGGCGCUUGGUCGGAGGAGGUUGGAAAUGUCACUAAGACGACGUGAUGUUGGGCAAUGGAUGAGCCAUCGACGCUUGCCACAAAAUCUAAGAAGGAAAGUAUUAGAAGCUGAAAGGUAUAACUGGGCCGUAACCAGAGGAGUGAAUGAAGGAAGGCUUAUGGAAAAUUUGCCUGAAGAUCUUCAGAGGGAUAUAAGACGGCAUCUCUUCAAAUUUGUUAAGAAAGUUUGGACUUUUGCCUUGAUGGACGAUCAUGUCUUGGAUGCCAUUUGCGAGAGACUAAAACAAAAAAUAUACAUCCAAGGCAGUGAAAUUAUGUGUCACGGUGGUGUGGUCGAGAAGAUGGUUUUCAUUGCACGUGGAAAACUCGAAAGUAUUGGAGAAGAUGGGACUGUGACCCCUUUAUCUGAAGGGAAUGUUUGUGGAGAGGAACUUCUCACUUGGUGUCUAGAGCAUUCUUCAGUUACCAAAGAUGGAAAGAAAAUCAAGAUUCAUGGACAACGAUUAAUUAGCAGCAGGACAGUAAGAUGCUUAAUAAAUGUGGAAGCGUUUUCUCUUCAUGCUGCAGACCUUGAAGAAGUUACUAAUCACUUUGCAAGAAGCUUGCGGAAUCCACGUGUUCAAGGAGCAAUAAGGUAUGAAUCUCCUCAUUGGAGAGGUCUGGCAGCUGCACACAUUCAAGUUGCAUGGAAAUACCGGCAGAAGUGUCGUAUGCGUAUGCGUAGCUGCCAAUUAAAUCAAUCCAAAAACUAGGUUUGUUGUAUGAUAUGCCUAUAUAUAAUAUGUAUAUGAUCUGUGUAUAGCAGUUAGAAUCUUCAUUUAGAUCACAUCAGCAAUACAUGUUAGAAUCCCACUUGCUGGGUAUAUAGUGUAUAUUAUUAUAUGAACCUCUGUUAAACAUUGUAUACAAAUUUUUAUUAGCUCAACUCAUUUUGGAAUCCUUGUACUAUUAUUUGUUAAAGUUAAUUGUUACUAAUCACUUUUAUGAUUGACUA